AUCUACAAUGAACCAAAAGGCACAUGGCAUUACGUGAUCACAAACCACUUCUUAUCCUUGACUCUGUCUUUUAACCAUCUGAUACGUAUGUGAUUAGGUUCCUAUAUAUAUAAUACAAUAGUGCCCAACAAUCCAAUUCAUAAACACUCGUUAACAUUAAUAUCACUAGGAAUAGUUACUGUCCCCUAAAAAAUGGCUAUGAAGUUAGCAAUAUUAUUGUGUUUGGUGAUACUCAACCUCACUUCAGCAUUUGCAGCCAGAGUGAAUGAUGCCUAUGGUGGUGAUACAGAUACUGGCAGUCCAUUAGGGACUGACAUAUACCAAUACAGUUGCCCUGAAGCAGAGGCCAUAAUCUUCUCUUGGGUGGAACAAGCUGUCUCUAGUGACCCAAGAAUGGCUGCUUCAUUGCUAAGGCUACAUUUUCAUGAUUGCUUUGUCAAUGGUUGUGAUGCUUCAGUCUUGCUGGAUGACACAGAAAACUUUGUUGGUGAGAAAACAGCUGCUCCAAACGUGAAUUCACUUAGAGGAUUUGAUGUAAUCAAUGAAAUAAAAUCUGAACUAGAAGUAGUUUGUCCACAAACUGUUUCUUGUGCUGACAUACUAGCAACUGCUGCUCGAGAUUCGGUUCUUCUGUCAGGAGGACCAACUUGGGAGGUGCAAAUGGGAAGAAAAGAUAGUAUAACGGCUAGCAAGGCAGGAGCAAAUAAUAACAUUCCGGGACCAAACUCAACAGUUGAUAUGCUUGUGGCCAAGUUUGAAAACGUAGGCCUUACACUUCAAGACAUGGUUGCCCUCUCAGGUGCACAUACAAUAGGAAAAGCCCGCUGCUCAACAUUUAGCUCUCGCUUACGAAGUAACAGCGUCUCAGACGGUCCAUAUGUUAAUGCUGAAUUUGUAUCAUCAUUGAAGCGGUUGUGCUCGGGGCAAGAUAAUAGCAACCGAAUUGCACAUCUUGACCUGGUCACACCAGCAACAUUUGAUAAUCAAUACUAUAUCAAUCUUCUAUCUGGGGAAGGAUUGCUUCCAUCGGACCAAACUUUGGUGAAUGGGAAUGAUCAGACACGACAGAUUGUCGAAACCUAUGUAGCAAAUCCGUUUGUUUUCUUUGAUGACUUCAAGAAUUCAAUGGUGAAAAUGGGAAGCUUGGGAACAGCUACACAGAGCAUCGGGCAGAUUCGCAGAGACUGCCGAACUAUUAAUUAAAUAAUUUAAGUCAAGUUGAUAAUGCCCUAUGUAAACUCAGUAUGAUGGUCGUGUGCUAUUCCAUCGUUAGGAAAAAUUAUGUUAAGUGUGUGGGAUGAAAACGUACUGAUUAAUUAAUUAAUGAUUACUUGAAUCGAGCUGAGUAGCUCUUUAUAACCAAA